AUGGAGGAAAUUGUCUUGUACAAGGAUCACAAUCUUAACCCUAAUUUGCUAGUUGUGACAACCACCACCCACACCUACCACCACACCCCACCCCCAUCCCUACCACCCACCACCUGCCACCACCAUGCACCCACCUUCACCACCCCCACCACCCAUCACCACCAUCAUAACCCGCCAGUACCACCACCACCACCUGCUACCACCACCACCACCCACCUAUCUCCACGAACCACCACAAUCCACCUACCCACCCGCCAAUCACCACCACCACCACCACCACCAUCACCACCACUACUCUUCACUACCACCAACCACCAUCACCACCACCACCUGCCACUACCACCUGCCACUAACAGCACCAAUAAGCAUCACCUGCCCCCACCACCCAUCGCCACCACCUACCACCAUCGCCCAUCAUCCACCAUCCACCUCCACCACCCACCGCCACUACCCAUCACCACCACCCUGCCACCAUCACCACUACCCGCCACCACCACCAACACCACCCAACAUCCAUCACCACCACUAUCAAUCACCAUCACAUGUCUCUACCACCUACCCAUCACCAUCACCUACCACCACCCAUCAUCACCAUCACCCCCUCACCAGCAACCAUCACCCACUAACACAACCACCCACCCACCACUUACUACCACCACCCAUCAUCGUUACCAACCAUCACCAACAUUACCACAUGCAAAUACCACUCUAUAUCACCUACCCAUCAAUACCACCACCACCAACCCACACACUACCCUUCACCACCACAACCACCCACCAACCAGAAUUACAAUAAACCAUUUAUCAUCCACGACCCCUAUUACCUAUCACCCAUGA